UCAUGUAUCUCAGUUUAACAUAAACCUCACAGUCCUCCUGUUUCAGUCCCUGAGUUCUGAGAUCUGGCAAUUUCCACCAUUUCAAGUUUGUUUUUGUUUGUUUGUUUCGUUUACUGGUAUGGAAGCUUUACAUUAUUUUCAGUACUUUAAUAUUUUUUUUUGAGCAUCAUUGCCUGGUCGAUCGUUGCUCUUAUUCUGAUAAAGCUCUGCUGAAGCAGAGUCAGUAUACAGUACAAUCGUGUUGGUCUUUCCAUAUGAGUUGAUUAUUUUACAAAAAAACCUUUCAUAGCAGGCUCAUGGGCCCAAGUUCAGAAUCUAGCACCUCUCCCCCCAAAAAAAUCUACAUUACGUUUACAUUUAAUAUGGUUUAAGAAAAUAAUAAAGAGCAAGAAUACAGUAUGUAAUAAUUCUACUGUUGUUGAUAGAUGUGUAAUUUAUAAAUCAUUAUAAAAAUACUCAAAAUGUUGAAGACGUUUUAGUUUACACAGAAAUAUUUUUCUUUUUGAAAGUAAAUCUGUCGAAAGUUUGAGCUACUUUCCUGGUCUUUCAACGUUUAAAUUCUAGAACUCCUUUUUUCCCUUUGCUUCCUGAGUGUGUUUUAUUUGCCCCGACAAUAUAUACUUAUUAGAUAUUAAGCACAUUUCUUAGAAAAGAAUUGUUAGAUUUAAUGAAUGUGAAUUAGAGGUUUCUGGAACUCUGGACUCUUAUAGCAUGUUAGCAAUAUAAUGACACCACAUAAUCGUUUAUAAGUAGAUUUUAUCCUUUUCCCCAACUCAAAUGAAUCAAAAAGCAAGAAUUUUAUGUGGUUGCCUUCAUAUCUUUCAUAAUUCCUGUCUACGCCUGUAAUCUAUCUAUCAAAAUGUUCUAUAUAGAAUAUUUACUUUAGCUCUCAGUUCUAAAGACUUUCAGCCUUCGGUAUGCCUAUGCUUAUAAUACUAUUUGAACAGUGUGCAGCCUCUUCUUUGUGGAAACGACUUUAUAUUUACUAUUAUGAUGACAUCUACUUGGCUCUCAGAUGUGACUUGACCAUAAUCUCCUCCUAAAUUUUAGCUGUUUUUACAAAACAUAAAUAGCAUUCAAAGUCCUUUAUGUCAUCUAACACUGAAUUUGGCACCUAAUCACUUUAAACAUCAUCAAUAAUUUUCAUCAUCAAAAUGUCCAUCAUUUUACUUUUAGACCCCCCAAUGGAUUAAUAAUAGAUUUAAUCAAUCAUCAAUCAAUGGAUCGAUCAAUUAAUCAUGUUUGAGUGGGAGACUAGAACUCAAAAGAGAGUUGUUCUUAAUUAGAACAAAGGUAGAAAAGAAUUGUAAGCAUAAGUUUAAAAUAGAACUCUUCCCAAACUCUGAAUGAACAAUACUGAAGAUGAAAUGUACAAUGGGAUGGUACAGUAAAUGCUGUACAAGAGAGAAGACAUUGAUCUUCACAUAAGACAAUAGUUGAAAGCAAUCAUAUCCUGUAGGUGCAGGAAUAAAACAUGAUGGUGGGAACAGGCUAUGUAAAUAUUAAUAAAAAGAAAUAUAUUUUCUCCCCACAAAGGUUGUUCUACUAGAUUCUAUUUUAAAAAUACUUUAUACAUUGACAGUUUAUGGAAUUACUUAGGAAAACUACUCCAUCUGCAUAUAUUUACUGAUAUCUUUCAUCCAGCAGAAAAAAGUUUAUUUUGAUCAGUAAAUUUCUGGGUGCCUAGCUUUGCUAGGCAUCAUGGGUCUAUUAUGUCAGGAUCAAAAAUUCAGGAAUGUGGAUGUCCCUGAGUUACAGAACGAAAACGUUUUUCAAAUUUAAUAUUUGUGAUUAUGUACCUCAUCAUUUUAAGUUGCCACUCAAUUUUCAUCGUUAUUUUAAAAUUUUGUGGACAGUUUUCCCAGGAACAAGAGAACUGUAAUUAUGUAUUUCUUAAUUUUAGAGGUCAGUCCUCUAAUAGUACCUCCAGGAAGAUAAAGGUGGUUUUCUAUUUCAACAAUGAUAAAAUUCAGAGGAUAAAAUAAGGUUCAACGGUUCAGUGUCCAUUCGCCGAAUAUGUACUUACUCUUUGAGGCCGCCUGAUGUCGCUCUCGGCCGCUUUAUUCGUUCUGAUUAAAAGACUGGUAUAGCCAUCCUUUUUCCAGCAGAAAAGACGCUCCAUUCUUAUUUACUCUGAUGAGCAAUGGUGAACACGGGAGGGAGGAAUUGAGAGAAUCAGUUGGCUUCUCUUCAUUUGGAAGUAAUUUAAGCGAACUGGAAGUAUCAAGCUCCUGAAAUGCUUUGUUUAGGCGGUGCACUCCCAGAGGGACGGUUUCUAGUGCUUUCGCUUCUGCUCCUCGCAGUUUGGGAGGUGGGGAGCGGACAGCUCCGCUACUCUAUACCCGAGGAAACCAAACACGGCACCUUUGUGGGCCGCAUCGCACAGGAUCUGGAACUGCAGCUGCCGGAGCUGGUUCCUGGUCUUUUCCAGUUGGACUCAAAGGGUUUUGGGGACCUUCUGGAGGUAAAUCUGCAGAAUGGAAUUUUGUUUGUGAAUUCUCGAAUCGAUCGGGAGGAGCUGUGCGGGAGGAGCGCGGAGUGUAGCAUCCACCUGGAGGUGAUCGUGGACAGGCCGCUGCAGGUUUUCCACGUCGAGGUGGAGGUGAGGGACAUUAAUGACAACCCUCCCAUGUUUCCAGCGACACAAAAGACUCUGUUUAUUCCGGAGUCCAGACUGCUCGACUCGUGGUUUCCAUUAGAGGGCGCGUCAGAUGCAGAUGUCGGUUCCAAUGCUCUGCUGACUUACAGACUGAGCACCAAUGAACAUUUCUCUCUGGAUGUACCGCCCAACCACGAGCAGGUGAAACCUCUUGGGCUCGUUUUGCGGAAACCUUUAGACAGAGAAGAAGCUGCAGAGAUGCGCUUAUUGCUCCGGCUACGGACGGAGAGCAAACCGGAGCUGACCGGCACCGUUCAGUUACUCAUCACAGUGCUGGAUGUCAAUGACAACGCUCCAGCUUUUGACAGAUCUCUGUAUACCGUGAAAUUACCAGAAAACGUUCCAAACGGGACAUUAGUAAUCAAAGUCAAUGCUUCAGAUUUGGACGAAGGCGUCAAUGGGGAAGUUAUGUACUCAUUUUCUAGUGAUGUUUCUUCAGAUAUAAAAUCCAAGUUUCACGUGGAUGCUGUGAGUGGAGAGAUUACAGUUAUCGGAAUUAUUGAUUUUGAAGAGUGCAAAGCUUACAAGAUUCCAUUAGAGGCACGUGAUAAGGGCUUCCCACCACUGAUUGGUCAUUGUACUGUUCUUGUGGAAGUUGUCGAUGCUAAUGACAAUGCCCCACAGCUCAAUGUCAAAACACUCUGGCUCCCUGUUAAAGAAGAUGCGCAGCUGGGGAAAAUUAUUGCCCUGAUCAGUGUGAUUGAUCUAGACUCAGGUGCCAACGGGCAGGUGACCUGCUCCUUGGCUAAUCACGUCCCCUUCAAGCUGGUGUCCACCUUCAAGAAUUACUAUUCGCUUGUGCUGGACAGCGCCCUGGACCGAGAGACCACAGCUGACUAUCAGGUGGUGGUGACUGCGGAGGACCGGGGUUCUCCCACGCUGCGGGCCACGGCCACCGUUUCUGUGGAGGUGGCUGAUGUGAACGACAAUGUUCCUGCAUUCGCGCAGCCCGAAUACACGGUGUUUGUGAAAGAGAACAACCCGCCUGGAGCACACAUCUUCACGGUUUCCGCGAUGGAUGCGGAUGCACAGGAGAAUGCAUUGGUGUCCUACUCGCUGGUGGAGCGAAGGGUGGGGGGACGCUUCUUGUCAAGCUAUGUGUCUGUGCACGCGGAGAGCGGCAAGGUGUUUGCGCUGCAGCCUCUGGACCAUGAGGAGCUGGAGCUGCUGCAGUUCCAGGUGAGCGCGCGGGAUGCUGGUGUGCCUGCCCUGGGCAGCAAUGUGACUCUGCAGGUGUUUGUACUGGAUGAGAACGACAACGUGCCGACGUUGCUUGGAUCUGGGACGGGUGGUUCAGAUGGAGUGUUCAAUCAUUUGUUGCCUAGGUCGGUGGAUCCUGGUCACGUGGUGGCGAAGGUGCGCGCAGUAGAUGCAGACUCUGGUUACAAUGCUUGGCUGUCUUACGAGCUGCUCUCAUUGCCAGGGAGCAUGCGCAGCCCAUUCCGUGUAGGACUAUACACUGGUGAGAUCAGCACCACAAGGUCCUUGGACGAAACAGAUGGGACUAGACAACGUCUGCUGCUGCUGGUGAAGGACCACGGUGAGCCUCAGCUGACUGCCACAGUCACCAUGCUGGUGUCUUUAGUGGAAAGUGGCCAGGCCCCAAAGGCCUCGUCCCGGUCCUCUGUGGGUGUUAGUGUACCAGAGUCAUCGUUAGUGAAUGUCAACGUGUACCUGAUCAUUGCCAUUUGCGCAGUGUCCAGCCUAUUGGUGCUUACGCUGCUGUUGUACUCUGCGCUACGCUGCUCCGCGAUGCCCACUGGGGGCGCUUGUGGGUCUGGGAAGCCCAUGCUGGUGUGCUCCAGCGCGGUGGGUACCUGGUCUUACUCGCAGCAGAGACAGCAGAGGGUAUGCUCUGGAGAGGGCCUACCGAAGACCGACCUAAUGGCCUUCAGCCCCGGUCUACCUCCAUGUCCUGGAUCUGCAGAACCAUCUGUUUCUUUGGACUCCUCUGAGAAGGUGAGUUGUAGAAUUGUGUUUAUUCAUAUAUUUAUUUGUGGAAGAUUUUUCCAAAAAACUCCCUUGGUAUAUUUAAGCACUGUAGAAAAGUCUACAAUUAUACCAGUAUUUUAA